UUAUAUAACGAAAAAAAAAAAAUAAAAUAUAGUUUGAUAAAAAAUGUCUUUCAAGGUUAGAAGUGGCUUUGAGUUCACCCUAUUGAACUACAAUAACCUUUCAACUAAGGUUUACAGUCCUCCUUUUGCUACUUCCCUUGAUACGUUUUGGCAACUAAAGUUCAAGCCGACAUCUAAAGGAAAUCCAGAAUAUUGCUCCGUAUAUCUCGUCGCCAUUCCAAGUCAUGAAGAAGGUGGUACGACAUCAGCAUGGACAAAUCGUGCAACAUAUUCUGCUGACAUAUAUAUUAAACACCCAGAAACUUUAAAUGAAAUAAAGAAAGCAACUUUAGAUACAACAAAAUUUUCUGCUAUCAAACCAUUAAGAGGUUGGAAUAGAUUUUGCAAAAAAACUUUGCUUCCUUCUGACCAAAUAAUACUUGGUAUAGAAUUUGAUAAAACUGAAUUCGGUACUCCUGAUGAGAAACCAAGAUUUCCUGGUAAUGGUAAACCUUUUCCAGAUGAUCUGGUGACAGCCUGGGCAGAUCAAUUGAAUAAACCAGAAUACGCCGAUGUAGAAUUUAAAGUACAAGGUCAAUCAAUUUAUGCAAACACAACCAUACUAAUGCGGCGGUCCGAAUAUUUUCAAAGAAUGUUUGUAGGAAGAUGGGUGGAAUCAAUUACAUAUAAUCAAGGCGAAGAAGAACAAGCACAACAACAACAGCGGCAACAAGUUCCAACACCUGAGGAGGAUGAUGAUACUGAUAUGGACAGUAACGCUUCUGGGAGUUCAGGGAUCAAUAAUUCCAUAUCAUCUCAUAAACGAAGAAGAGUCUCCGAUUCCGAGAGUGACGAUGAAGACGAUGAUCGUUCUGUACGAUCGAUAUGUUCAUCCUUACCUAUAAGGUCAAAACGAAUUGUAAUUGAUGUUACAGAUUUUCAUCCAGAUACAUUUCUUGAAAUGUUACGAUUUCUGUACACGAAUCGGGUGUCAUUUGGAACAAGAGAGUCUCCAACGUCUCCUACAAAUCUUUUUAAGAUUGCGGACAAAUAUUUAAUAGAGAAUUUACAACAACAUGCAAAAGUAAAAUUAUUUCGAGGAUUGAAUAUGAACAAUGCAGCCGAAUUCUUAUUCAGUACAGCAUGGCAAUAUGAUGAAUUGAGAGAUCACGUGAUGAAUUAUGUUGUACAGAACUUCCAAAUCGUAUGUAAGACACCUGGAUUUAAGAGUAUUACUUCUAACCCUUCUAAUUAUCCCCAAUUUCAUAAUUUAAUUACUGAGAUUUUGCGCAAAGUAUUCGCAGAUGACGAUUCAGAUUAUAGCGAUUAAUCGAAUCAACGAUUUCUAGAUUUUAUUAUGUUAAUUUGAAAAAUGAAAAAAAAAGGCUAGGAAUUUCGAUAUUUGUGGUUGGAAUUAUAGCUUUAUAUUAUUAGAUGUUUUUUUUUCUUUUUCCUUUUUUCUUAAUAAUUUUUAAAGCAUUUGCAUUCAUUCAUUCGUUUUUAUUAUAAAUUUUUUUUUUAUUAAUGAGGAUGUGAAUAAUAAGAAUUCACAGACAAGUAAUUCAUAUUUAGAAGGAAAAAAAUAAUUGUUUCCG